CGCUCUUGCUGUUUGCCAACCGGCGAGACGUGCGGCUGGUGGACGCAGGCGGAGUCAAGCUCGAGUCCACCAUCGUGGUCAGUGGGCUGGAGGACGCGGCCGCAGUGGACUUCCAGUUCUCCAAGGGAGCCGUGUACUGGACAGACGUGAGCGAAGAGGCCAUCAAGCAGACCUACCUGAACCAGACCGGGGCUGCGGUGCAGAAUGUGGUCAUCUCUGGCCUGGUUUCACCCGACGGCCUGGCCUGUGACUGGGUCGGCAAGAAGCUGUACUGGACAGACUCAGAGACCAAUCGCAUCGAGGUGGCCAACCUCAAUGGAACAUCCCGGAAGGUCCUCUUCUGGCAGGACCUUGACCAGCCGAGGGCCAUUGCCUUGGACCCCGCUCACGGGUACAUGUACUGGACAGACUGGGGUGAGACGCCCCGGAUUGAGCGGGCUGGGAUGGAUGGCAGCACCCGGAAAAUCAUCGUGGACUCAGACAUCUACUGGCCCAACGGGCUGACCAUUGACUUGGAUGAGCAGAAGCUCUACUGGGCAGAUGCCAAGCUCAGCUUCAUCCACCGAGCCAACCUGGACGGGUCGUUCCGGCAGAAGGUGGUGGAGGGCAGCCUCACGCACCCCUUUGCCCUGACGCUCUCUGGGGACACGCUGUAUUGGACGGACUGGCAGACCCGUUCCAUCCAUGCCUGUAACAAGCGGACCGGGGAGAAGAGGAAGGAGAUCCUCGGUGCCCUCUACUCCCCCAUGGACAUCCAGGUGCUCAGCCCAGAGCGGCAGCCUUCCUUCCACACUCAGUGCGAGGAGGACAAUGGAGGCUGCUCCCACCUGUGUCUGCUGUCCCCGAGGGAGCCUUUCUACACGUGUGCCUGCCCCACUGGCGUGCAGCUCCAGGACAAUGGCAAGACGUGCAAGGCAGGGGCUGAGGAGGUGCUGUUGCUGGCUCGGCGGACAGACCUACGAAGGAUCUCUCUGGACACGCCGGACUUCACUGACAUCGUGUUGCAGGUGGAUGACAUCCGGCAUGCCAUCGCCAUCGACUAUGACCCCCUGGAGGGCUAUGUAUACUGGACAGAUGAUGAGGUGCGGGCCAUCCGCAGGGCCUACCUGGACGGGUCCGGGGCACAGACGCUGGUUAACACUGAGAUCAAUGACCCCGAUGGCAUCGCGGUCGACUGGGUGGCCCGCAACCUCUACUGGACCGACACAGGCACCGACCGCAUUGAGGUGACACGCCUUAAUGGCACCUCCCGCAAGAUCCUGGUGUCCGAAGACCUGGAUGAGCCUCGGGCCAUUGUGCUGCACCCUGUGAUGGGCCUCAUGUACUGGACAGACUGGGGCGAGAACCCCAAAAUUGAGUGCGCCAACCUGGACGGGCAGGAGCGGCGUGUGCUGGUGAAUGCCUCCCUCGGGUGGCCCAAUGGCCUAGCCCUGGACCUGCAGGAGGGCAAGCUGUACUGGGGGGACGCCAAGACAGACAAAAUCGAGGUGAUCAAUGUGGACGGGACAAAGAGACGGACUCUGCUGGAGGACAAGCUCCCGCACAUUUUCGGCUUCACACUGCUGGGGGACUUCAUCUACUGGACGGACUGGCAGCGUCGCAGCAUCGAGCGAGUGCACAAGGUGAAGGCCAGCCGCGACGUCAUCAUUGACCAGCUGCCCGACCUGAUGGGGCUCAAGGCGGUGAACGUGGCCAAGGUCAUUGGAACCAACCCAUGUGCAGACAGGAAUGGAGGUGCAGCCACCUGUGCUUCUUCACACCCCGUGCAACCAGGUGUGGUUGCCCCAUCGGCCUGGAGCUGCUCAGUGACAUGAAGACCUGCAUUGUGCCUGAGGCCUUCCUUGUCUUCACCAGCAGAGCCGCCAUCCACAGGAUCUCCCUGGAGACCAACAACAACGACGUGGCCAUCCCGCUGACCGGCGUUAAGGAGGCCUCUGCACUGGACUUUGACGUGUCCAACAACCACAUCUACUGGACAGACGUCAGCCUGAAGACCAUCAGCCGCGCCUUCAUGAACGGCAGCUCAGUGGAACACGUGAUUGAGUUCGGCCUUGACUACCCGGAAGGCAUGGCUGUGGACUGGAUGGGCAAGAACCUCUAUUGGGCCGACACUGGGACUAACAGGAUUGAAGUGGCCCGGCUGGAUGGACAGUUCCGGCAAGUCCUCGUGUGGAGGGACUUAGACAACCCAAGGUCGCUGGCGCUGGAUCCCACCAAAGGCUACAUUUACUGGACCGAGUGGGGCGGCAAGCCCAGGAUUGUGCGGGCCUUCAUGGACGGGACCAACUGCAUGACGCUGGUGGACAAGGUGGGCCGGGCCAACGACCUCACGAUUGACUACACCGACCAGCGUCUCUACUGGACUGACCUGGACACCAACAUGAUCGAGUCGUCCAACAUGCUGGGUCAGGAGCGGGUCGUGAUUGCUGAUGACCUCCCACACCCGUUUGGCCUGACGCAGUACAGUGAUUACAUCUACUGGACAGACUGGAAUCUGCACAGCAUCGAGCGAGCCGA